UUAAUCACAUCUGCAGUUAAACUAGUUUCAUCCAGUGUGGCUUGACAAUGAGAAAUGCAGUUAACCAAAUGACAACGUAGACAUGGAAGGUGUGAUGCAUGCUGCUCGAUAGCAAGAAUGCAUUCACAUAUUUAUCUACAGGCAGAAACAAUAUGCUGGAAAACAAACAUUCAAUACGUUUCAGACUAUCAUAAUGUAUUAAACAGCACUUAUUACUGAAGCUCAUCUGCAGAUUCCCAGACAGACAAUGUAUUAUGACACCAGUUCUCUGGAGGGGAGGGUGGGGGCUCUAAAACAACCAGAUGGAAAUGACUGAAAGAUAGAAGUUUUCACAAACACUGGCCGAACACAGCUUUAGCCUUCAGUUCAAUUCAAUUUUGUUUAUAUUUCACCAAAUCACAAUAACAGUUGACUCAAAUGACUUUAUAUUGUAAGGUAAAGACCCUAAAAUAAUAGAGAGAAAUCCCAACAGUCAGAAAACCCCUUCUGAGCAAGUACUUGGAGAGAGUGGGAAGGAAAAACUCCCUUUAAACAGGAAGAAACCUGCAGCAGAACCAGGCUCAGAUUGGAGGAUCCAUCUGCCACAACUUGUUUUACAUAGUUUGACAGUAUCAUUGAAUGCUUCUGUGGUUAAUAAAACAAAGGAGGUUUCCAAAUUAUUACUAAAUUAACUAUAUAAGUUAUUUAUAUCUUACUGAUUGCUCUUAAACCCGGUGGGGCAGCACAUUGGUUGCUUUGUGUGUGGACUUCGCAUGUUAUCGCUGUACCAGUACGGACUCUCUCCUGGUAUUUAUUGUCUUGUUGUCUAGUAAUUUUAUUUGUUCUAUACGCUGCUGUGAGAAAGACUGCCAUCGAAAAGACUUUCAUUGUACAAGCUGCACAAUGACAAUAAAGAAUCUAUCUAUAUAGUAGUAAUGUUCUGGUUUGGUUACUCUGGGGUUAUAAAUAUGGCUGUAGGUGUGAAUGGUUGUUAGCCCUGCAAUAGACUGGCAACCUGUCCAGGGUAUACCUUGCCCUGCAUCAGCUGGGAUAGGCUCCCAGCCUCUCUGCGACCCUGAACUGGAUAGAUGUUAAAAAAACAAAAACAAUUGGGAGUAACAUUCUUAAACCUGACUUUUGUGUGUGUGGCAUUGAUGUAGAUGUAUGGUAAUGCCUGACUCAGGCUCCAAGCACCGAGAGGCAUUUUAGCCAUGAGAAGUCACUUUUCAGACCUCGAAAAAGUAACUGGGAAAAGGCCAAGUGUCUCAGGUGUGUGCUAAGUCCGCACAGAACCAGAGUACUAGUUCAAGCUAGUGAACACUAACAAAGGAUCUCCAAACAAGUCAUAUUGUCCCCUUUCUCAUUUCUCAUUUCCUGCAUUCUCAUUUCCUCUCAUCUUGGUCCUUCCCAUCAGAAAGAUGAACAGAGGAGGCGAGGGAGAGAGAGCACUUUAACAAAAUGAGACAUUCUGGAGCCAUAACCCAAUGUGAAAAGAUUUUUAAUCAAACCCACACAAACUGUGAAGGCCUGAAAGUUUGAUCACACAGUUAAAUAACUGAACGGCGUAUGGACUGAAAGGACUGUAGAGUUUGUUGCAUAUAUUCCAGCUGUGUGACACCACUUUUAUAAAGUGUUAAAUUAAACACGCUCCUGCAAAGGAUACAUCUUUCCUGGCAAGCCUCCUCUCUCCUCAGUCCUCCAGAUGCAUUUUAGGAGCUGAGACGUCCUUCAGUGAGGUGCACUGACAUGGAUUUCAGGGCCAGAAGCAAGUCGACAGAGGAAAGGGGAGACUAGGAGGGACAGAUUAUAGAAAGUGAGAAAUGAGAAAAGUUCUCUGUUCUCACAGUCUGACGGUUUCGUAAAGCGUGUGUUUUGACUGCAGUUGAUGCUCGUUUGGAGAAGAGGCACUGGUGUAAGCAGAAAAUGCUAAUUAUUAGAAUACAAGAAAAGAAUAGAGAUUAGGUACAGGUGAAACACGAGGUUUAUGCACGGUAAAAACCUGACUAAUGUUGAAUGAAUAAAUUAAUUAAUGAAUUGCCAUCAUUGAUUAGAUGGUAAGUGGACUAUGGUAUUUAUAUACUGCCUUUCUAUUCAAUUUGAGCUCUCAAAUCACUUUCUACUGCAGUCUCAUUCCCCCAAUCACACUGAGAGUCAUGCAGAAGUAUUAGCCGUGCUUUUAUCUAUCUUUCCCUAAGCCUUCACACGAUCUGUGUGCGCUCAUCUCUGAAAAGAAAAAGUCAAAUCAGAGCUCGUGAUCUCUGAAUACAAGACGCCUGCAGAUGCUGAUCAAAGUGAAGUGGUUUCAUCAGUGAUGCAUUGCAGGUCAUUAAAGAGAUUGCCAUAAUGUCAUUGUUGUACCUUGCCGUCAUCAGUCCCCAUCCAUAAUUCCUGCCCCGUCAAAUCUGUUCUGAUAGGUGUAAACUAACUCUUCAUGUGCCAAAACAACCUGCUGUUUGUAGAGGAAGUUGCCUGUUCGCCCCCCGCAGUGCUUUGUUUUGGUUUCUUAGGCUCAUGCUUCACAUAUAGAUCAGGGAGAGCCUCAGCCUCAACACGAGGAUCGCCGCUCAGCACGUGCCCGGGCACCUGUCUGGCCCUUCCCACUGCGGCACACCUUCUAACGUUAGGAUCACGCAGGACACUGAACUCCUGCACCGGACAUUUUGGCUCCAAACGACAAUUGGACUCCACACACGAAAAAACGACUUUAGAUCCAAAAUGGCGACCAGUUUCGGCUGUAGGACCCGUGGUGAUGCGGCUUCCAUGGUAACGCCUCUCGCCUUUGAGAUUGCGUAAUGCCUACACGAGCAUCAGUGUUUAUGUUUCGAAUGAGGCUGACAGUGAGGAUGCAGCCCGUGUGGCUUGAUGACGCUGCACCUUCAAACUUCACAUAAAGCACGAUGAUCACAGAAAAUACAGGUCCGAGCCCUGCGCUUUAUUUUCCUAAUUAGAAAAAAAGAUGACAUCACUGAUCCCGCGGAAGGAGGGAGACGAAUCAGCAAGGGGUGGACAUCGCGUGCACGUGUGUAUAUUUUGGGGGAGGGGAUGGAGCAAUAAGCAGCAGAGGCUGGGACUGGGACUGAGUCUCUAAUCUAACUUGACUGAGCUGGGGUCGGAGCUUCGUGCGCGCGUCCUUGCGGAGACGUGACGGUCAGAUGUGGCUGUGACUUGUUACUGAAACAGCGCAUAGCCAGCGAUUUAAGGGAAAAAAAUCAUCACACUGUGACUUAAAGAAAUUUAAGAUGACAGUGCUCAAAGACAUCCCGGAGAAAUGGUUUCCAGUCGUUCUUUUCCCCCUGCAAGGAAAGAAAAAGAGAGGACUGGAUGGAAGAAAAUCGAAAAAGAGGCGGACAGAGGAGGAGAGAAGGGUCAGAGCCAAUGACAGAGAGUACAACGAAAAGUUUCAGUAUGCCAGUAACUGCAUCAUGACAUCCAAGUACAACAUCAUCACGUUUCUGCCCGUCAAUCUGUUUGAGCAGUUCCAGGAAGUAGCCAACACCUACUUUCUUUUCCUGCUCAUACUACAGUUGAUACCUCAGAUCUCCUCCCUCUCCUGGUUCACCACCAUCGUGCCUUUAGCUCUGGUGCUGAGCAUCACUGCAGUAAAGGAUGCCACGGAUGACUACUUUCGUCACAAGAGCGACAACCAAGUGAACAAUCGUCAGUCUCAGGUCCUCAUCCGUGGCUCGCUUCAAAAUGAAAAGUGGAUGAAUGUUCGAGUGGGUGAUAUUAUUAAACUGGAAAACAACCAGUUUGUGGCAGCUGACCUGCUCCUGUUGUCUAGCACUGAACCUCAUGGUCUCUGUUACAUCGAGACAGCCGAGCUAGACGGAGAGACCAAUAUGAAGGUGCGUCAGUCUGUGUCAGUGACAUCUGAACUUGGAGACCCGAACAACUUGGCUUCAUUUGACGGCGAGGUGGUGUGCGAGCCUCCCAACAACAAGCUGGAUCGUUUUUCCGGGACUCUGUACUGGAGAGAGAAGAAAUACAGCUUGACCAAUCAGAACAUGCUCCUCCGAGGAUGCGUGCUCCGCAACACAGAGGCUUGCUAUGGCCUGGUCAUCUUUGCAGGCCCAGACACCAAGCUAAUGCAGAACAGCGGUCGCACCAAGUUUAAGCGUACGAGUAUCGAUCGAUUGAUGAACACACUGGUCCUCUGGAUAUUUGGCUUCCUGGUGUGCAUGGGUAUGAUCCUGGCUGUGGGUAAUGCAGGGUGGGAGAAAGAGGUGGGGUCCUUGUUCCAGAGCUACCUGGCUUGGGACACUCCUGUGAAUAACUUCCUGUUCUCGGCCUUCCUCUCCUUUUGGUCCUACGUCAUCAUUCUUAAUACCGUCGUGCCUAUCUCUCUAUAUGUCAGUGUGGAGGUGAUCAGGCUCGGUCACAGCUACUUCAUUAACUGGGACCAACAGAUGUUCUGCUCACAAUGUAACACAGCAGCUGAGGCCAGGACCACCACUCUGAACGAGGAACUGGGACAAGUUGAAUACAUCUUCAGUGACAAGACUGGAACGCUCACUCAGAACAUCAUGACGUUCAAUAAGUGCUCCAUCAAUGGACAGAGUUACGGUGAUCUAACAGACCCACUGGAAACUCAGCCAAAGAGGCUGGACUUCAGUCCCUUCAACCCGCUGGCGGACCCAGACUUCUGCUUCUAUGAUGACAAGCUGCUGGAAUCAGUGAAAGUGGGAGACUCGUGCACUCAUGAGUUUUUCCGCUUGCUCUCCCUCUGUCACACCGUUAUGAGUGAGGAGAAAAGUGAGGGAGAGCUGGUUUAUAAGGCUCAGUCUCCAGACGAGGGCGCUUUAGUGACGGCGGCUCGAAACUUUGGCUUUGUGUUUCGCUCCCGAACACCUGGGACGAUAACCACCACAGAAAUGGGACGCACCGUCACCUACUCGCUGCUCGCCAUACUGGACUUCAACAACAUACGCAAGCGAAUGUCUGUUAUAGUACGUAACCCAGAGGGCAGGAUUCGUCUCUACUGUAAAGGAGCUGACACUGUUCUGUUGGAAAGACUCCACCCUUGUAACCAGGAAGUAAUGAGUAUUACUUCAGACCACCUCAAUGAGUAUGCAGCAGAUGGGUUGCGGACCCUGGCUCUGGCCUACAGGGACCUGUCAGAGGAUGAAUGGGAGGCCUGGUCAGAGAGCCACCGCUUUGCUGAUAAGGCCACAGACUGCAGGGAGGAUAGACUGGCAGCAGCUUAUGAGGAAGUAGAACAAAAUAUGAUGCUUCUGGGUGCCACUGCUAUAGAGGACAAGCUGCAGGAAGGCGUUCCAGAGACCAUCGCUAUCCUCUCUCUGGCUAACAUUAAAAUCUGGGUUCUUACUGGAGAUAAACAGGAAACGGCUGUAAACAUAGGCUACUCCUGCAAGAUGCUGACAGAUGAUAUGACCGAGGUUUUCAUCAUCAGUGGCCACACCGUCCAGAGCGUACGGCAAGAACUCAGAAGAGCGAGGGAAAGGAUGAUUGAGCUGUCACGUACCAGAGAUGGAGUUAAAGAGGAGGGAAUGCAGGGAUGGAGGGAGCCAUGUUUCAAUGGAAAUGGAUUCAAAGAAGGACAAGAAGGAGGUGAUACGGCAGGUGGAAGUGGAGGAGGAGUGGGGAAGCAGCUGCAUGGCUCUCCCCUUCCUCCUCCUCUGCCUCUCUCUAACUUAAUGGACAACAUCUCAGGAGAGUUUGCCCUCGUAAUCAACGGUCACAGUCUGGCCCACGCUCUCGAAGCAGACAUGGAGGCAGAGUUUGUGUCGACAGCGUGCGCGUGCAAAGCGGUCAUCUGCUGCAGAGUCACGCCACUGCAAAAAGCUCAGGUGGUGGAGCUCAUCAAGAAGCGCAAGAAGGCCGUCACGCUGGCUAUAGGAGACGGUGCUAAUGACAUCAGCAUGAUCAAAAGUGCUCAUAUUGGAGUUGGUAUCUCAGGUCAGGAGGGCAUCCAGGCUGUGCUAGCCAGUGACUACUCCUUUUCCCAGUUCCGCUUUCUACAGCGCCUCCUGCUGGUCCACGGCCGCUGGUCAUACCUGCGUAUGUGCCGUUUCCUCUGCUACUUCUUCUACAAGAACUUUGCCUUCACCAUGGUGCACUUCUGGUUUGGCUUCUUCUGUGGUUUUUCUGCCCAGACCGUAUACGAUCAGUACUUCAUCACACUCUUCAACAUUGUCUACACCUCCCUCCCUGUGCUGGCCAUGGGGAUAUUUGACCAGGAUGUUCCUGAUCACAGAAGUUUGGAAUAUCCAAAGUUGUAUGAGCCCGGGCAGCUCAACCUCCUCUUCAACAAGAGAGAGUUCUUCAUCUGCAUUGCCCAGGGCAUCUACACAUCAGUGGUGCUGUUUUUUGUUCCAUAUGCUGUCCUGUCCAAUGCCACUCAGAGCAACGGAGUACCCCUCGCUGACUACCAGACCUUUGCAGUCACCACAGCGACAGCCCUGGUUAUUGUGGUCAGUGUACAGGUUGUUCUCGAUACCGGCUUCUGGACAGUGUUCAACCAUGUGUUUGUGUGGGGCUCUCUGGGCUCCUAUUUCAUCAUCAUGUUUGCUCUGCACAGUCAGACCCUCUUCAGGAUCUUUCCUAAUCAGUUCCACUUUGUAGGUAGUGCCCAGAGCACAUUAUUGCAGCCAGUCGUGUGGUUAACGAUUGCACUGGCAACAGCAAUAUGCAUAGUUCCAGUUUUGGCGUUCCGCUUCCUCAAGCUGGACCUCAAACCUCAGCUCUCAGACACGGUUCGUUACACUCAGCUGGUGCGGCAGAAGAGACGAAAGCCGCCAGGUCGUAACACUGGAAGCGCUUGGCGUGGUACCGGCAGUGUGUCAGAGGGCCGUCUGGGCGCCCGUGGUGGUUCAAGGAGAUCCGGCUAUGCCUUCGCCCAUCAGGAAGGCUUUGGAGAGCUAAUCACAUCAGGGAAAAAUAUGAGGCUCUCGUCUCUGGCCCUGGCAUCCUUUGCCUCCAGACAUAGCUCCAGCUGGAUUGACACGCUCCGCAGGAAGAAGCAUACUCACACUCCCCCCAGCACCUCAGGGGAGUGCAGCCCAGCACCCAGUUUCAUCUCUGUGUCGGUUCCACCACUUUCAAACUCUUCGUCUAUUCUGGGCGGCUCUCAAGAAACACCGAUCGAAGAGGAAACGGUUGCGGCACCAGCUCAGAACACACAGAUGAUCCCUGCUUCAGUCACACAAACCUUACCGGCUUUGGCACCAGAUGCAGAAGCUCCUGCGUCUCAAGUUUCAGCUCAGGCCACUAGUUCUGGCGUUUUAACCCCCACAGCAGCAAAGUCCCAGGGGGGAGACUCACCUGGAGGCUGGACCCUUUCUCUGGGGACCGUGCAGGAAGCUCUGUUUGGUUGGAAGGGUAUUGCAUCUCGUGCCAGUUCAUCCAACAGUCCGGGCCCAACCUCUAUUGCCAAGGAAACCAACCAGAUUAAGUGAAACGUAAACAUCUGAUGGAUGAAUUCUAUAUUUACUGCGUGUACCAAACACACAAACUGUACACACUGUGUGCUUUUCUGGAGAGAACACAAAGACUGUUAUUUAAAUAAAAAAAACUUUACCCGCACAGUGUCUCAAAAUGCAUCAGUUACAUCCGGAUCUCUGCAGGAAGCGACAUAUCGUCUUAUGACAUGAACUUUCUCAGCCAUAAAUUAAGAUUUACUGGUGAGAUAUUUGAGCGCACAGUGUGUGGUGGUUAUGUUAAUGAAUGCUUGAGAUUUACAGUACAUAACUGAGGGACAGAAGCAGGUGCAGAAGCAAAUGUCAAAGUAGCCUUUGAAAGAUUGUUUCUGCUUAUUUCACAAGCCUCACUCACAACUAAGCCACUCAGCACCUCUCAGUAAUGAGACGAAUGAGCAAGCAGAAUCAUAACAGUUUUAACCAGUGAAGUGCAAGCUGUAUUAUCUGCAAAGGUUCUCAAUGAGAAUGGUAUUUUAAUUUAAAGUAUUCUCCCAAAGGUCUGUUUUGUUUAGUUCUUACUUGUUAUACUGUAACUCUUCCCACAUUUGCUUUUUUUGCAUCACAUUGAUGUGUUUAUGUGUGAUUUAAAGCUAGGCCUUUUUUUUGGUCUAACAAAGGCCAGAUCAUGUUAAUGUGCCUCUGAUGUAACGCAGACGUAAGAACAGAAUGGAAAGACUUCACUUUAGGCCAGUUCUGCAGAAAAGAAAAGGUAGAAGAAAAAUAAAUUUAAAAAAAAGUGAUUUGUUAAAUUCCUAAUCAUGAUUGUUGUCAUUGUGAACAGUAGUGCUUAUCCGUACUGUAAACAUAUACUCCAGUAAAGUGCUUUAUAUUCAUUUUUGUUCAUGAAUUAAAGAAAGGAAGUUGUUUGUGGACAAUCAUGCCUUAACAAAGCCAAGAUAUCGCCCCCUUUUUUUCUUUUAUUUUUUCCACCCCUCCACUAAUCCAAGUGUUGAUGCACCUCAGACUUGGAUAAUCAUUAAAUAGGGUAACCAAAGGAACACUGACCUGCUCUUGGACAUCUCUCUGUACUACGGUCAGCAACAGGCAGUUGAAACACAGCUCACGUGAUCUGCAAAAUCUGGUCUAAAUGAAUGUACUGUACAGUUUUAGCAAGAGGCAGGUCUCUGUGGAAGUGUGGAUGUGAAUGAUAUUGAAUAAAAAUCUGAUUUGUCUUUCACAUGAGGGAAACAUGCUGCGUCUGUGCAAAUGAUUUACUCAUCA